CUUUGAAUCAAAAUGCCAAAAAGAAAGAAAAGAGAAAGGGAAAGGAGUGAGAGAUUAUAGAAGAAUAUAGUGCUAAGUGCAAACAAUGCAACUGUUUUUCUCUUUUUCCCUUGGACCCAUUUCUUUAAUAUGCGCAAGAAUUAUAAGUACUAAGUAGUUCACAGCUCAACCCACCCUUAUUUCAAAAGCUCUAUUCACCACAUUUUUCCUUCACUCACUCCCAUCACAAUAAUUUCUUCCCUCCUUCCUUCCCACAAUGGUCAUGGAAGAAUCUAACCCUUUAGACAAUGAAGUUCAACCAACCACUUCAUCAUCCUCUUUCACCAUUACUACUCCCUCUACCUCCUCUUCCUCCUCCAUAGAAGAAGCCACUAACACUACUACUAAGGAGAAAAAGAAGAAGAGAGCCAUUAGUAAUAUUGAAGGGAAGCACCCUACGUAUAGAGGAGUACGUAUGCGUCAAUGGGGCAAAUGGGUAUCCGAAAUUAGAGAGCCAAGGAAGAAAUCAAGAAUUUGGCUUGGAACUUUUCCCACUCCCGAUAUGGCGGCUCGAGCCCAUGAUGUGGCGGCUCUCACGAUCAAAGGCAGCUCGGCUUACCUCAAUUUCCCCGAAUUAGCCGCCAAGCUGCCCCGCCCCGCCAGCACCUCCCCCAAGGACAUCCAAGCUGCGGCGGCUAAAGCCUCCGCCUUGGAUUUCGGUCACCAAAGCCAUGAAGCCGAAUCCGAGCUGAGCCAAGCCGUUUCCUCCUCAAUCCAAACACAAUCAUCAUCAUCAUCAUCCAAUUCAUCAUUGAAGGGUGUGGAUGACACAUUCUUGGACCUUCCUGAUCUCUCUCUUGACUUGAGCCAUGGAGCCGAUGAGUUUCAUUAUUCAUCGGCUUGGCUUGUAGCCGGAGCCGAACAUAUAGAGCUGGGUUUCCGGCUUGAGGAACCUUUUCUUUGGGAAUCAUAUUAAGUUACCUUCCUCAAGUAGGCCAAUUUCCCUUUUUUUGAUGUUUGUGCUGCCUCUCUUUUUUCUUUGUUCCUUUCACUUUUGAGCUACUUGCAAGAACCUUGAAGAAUCCAAUAUGCUCUAUGGCAGCAUGACGUGGGGGUGUCAAACUUCAGUGUCCAUGACAAAUAAAGAAGUUUUACUAAACCCACUCCAUAGCUUUUUUUAUUCAAGAAUUUAUGUAAAUAUUAAAAUAUCAUCUGUCAUUUUCAGAUAAGGUAAUUAAUUAAGUUGCCUUGCAUCAUAUUCCUCAAUUUGUUGUAAAUUUCCUCGCUUGUCAUCUGUAUAUCCUCCCCUUUGUCAAAAUUCAGUUUAAUUUGUGUAUGGGUGAAUGUGGAAUAAAGUUCAGCUGGGUAAAUUUGAUUUA